UAACCCUGGAGCGUGAAGGGGACGAGGCAGAAUGAGGAAAUCAGUGGAAGCAGAAGAGUACCACUCGAAGGACUUCGAAUGGGAAGAGCUCAAGAAUCUCGUAGAGAGCGAUCCCUCUCUCUCCCACCAUGUCCGAUUCAGACAUGACCACGAAUCUCAAGGACACGAUCUCGGAGAAGAUCGGGAUUCUUUUGCCCAGGUUGAUCCCCAGGCAUGGCAAAACUUUCACGCCCGACACUCUUCUGGAAAAUUCUUCAAGGAAAGAAGGUAUUUGCUGAAGGAGUUUCCUGAGCUACUUCCGCAUGGGGAGAACUCCAAGCUUUUGGAGGUUGGUUGUGGUAAUGGGAGUACAGUGCUUCCGAUUUUACGUGGAUGCCAGAACUUGACUGUGUAUGCUUGUGACUGUAGCACAGAGGCUCUUGUGAGGACAAAAGAGAACAUUGAUCAUUCUACUGUUACAUCAGAUAACUUCCAUUCUUUCUGCUGCGACUUUUCCAGAUUUGAGUUUCCAAAAUGGUUGGCAUGCGAUCAUUGUCGAGAGAACGUUUUGGAUAAGCAGAUCGGCAGCCAUUCAGAUGCCUCUUGUCCUUCUCAUGAAUUGUCCUCGGUUCAGCCUACGGAAGAGCACAGAAGCGCAGAUGUGAGUAGUAAAUCUCCAUCAACCGGUGAUCAAUGUUGCAUCGGUGGGGUGGACUUCGUUACUCUGAUUUUUACAUUGUCAGCAGUUCCUCAAAAGCGGAUGCCAAGAGCUAUCAAGGAAUGCUAUUCUGUUUUGAAGCCCGGUGGCUUACUCCUAUUCAGGGACUAUGGGCUAUACGACAUGACUAUGCUGCGGUUUGAGCCAGAGAAAUGUGUAGGGUUCAGGGAAUAUAUGCGGUCAGAUGGAACCCUCUCAUAUUUCUUCUGUCUAGACACUGUCAAGAGGCUAUUCACUGGCGCUGGAUUCAUUGAGGUUGAGCUAGAAUACUGUUGUGUGAAAUCAGUAAACCGGAGGAAGGGUAAGAUGAUGAACAGGGUCUGGGUUCAUGGGAAAUUCCAAAAGCCAAAGUGAAUGAGCUACCCGAAAGCUAAGGACACGAUGAAGAAACCAGACAAGGUACAUACUACGAAGAAGAAAAGAGCUUAAAACAGAUGUGGACAUGAAUGUUGUAAUUCCGAGCUCGGACGUUUGAGUUUGCGGUCCGAAGUCCUCUUUGUGAGGCUCGGGAGACAGCAUCUACGAGCCUCACUUCUGUCACCGUCGUCGCAACAACCUCGUUCGGUGGCUCUGUAUCAGAAUUAUGUUCUGUUUUUUCGUCGUUGGAUCUCCAUCUCCAUCUCCGUUUACGAUGUUCUUGAUGUUGGCUCCUUCGUCUUCGGUUUUCUGUUGGUUACUUGGUGGCUUUCGGUAUUGUUGAUGGAAAUCUUAGUUGUUGGGAUAUUUCACGACAAAGGAUAGUUCCGAGGGAUUUUGAUUUCUGAUUUUUUUUUUUUAUUUUUUUUGUUGGUUGGUUUGGGUAUGGUUAUCGAUUUUAUCCGGUUCAUUUGGUUCACCCGAUUUCGUUCGGUUUAUGACCGAUUUAGUCAAUUUAUAUUUGAUUUUGAGUUUUA